AUGGACCUUCUACCUGAUUCAACGCAAUCCUUCCAGGAUGCAGAUCGCGGGUUUAUAGAUCGCCUUGAUCCCUGCAUCAUUAAAGACAGCCAAGGCCGCAUUGUCUGGGACAACGAAUCUUACAAUUUCUUAGCAGACACGACGCCUCCUGAGCCCGCAAACCCAAAAUUAUGGCGCCAGGCCCAACUUGUUGCGAAACAAGGCCUUUACCAAGUUGUCGACGGCAUAUACCAAAUCCGAGGCUUCGAUCUCGCAAAUAUGACUUUCAUAGAGGGAGAAAAGGGGAUAAUUAUCGUUGAUUGCCUCACUUCUACCGAGUGUGCCAAGGCUGCGCUCGAUCUCUACCGCAAAAAUCGUGGGAAUAGGCCCAUAGUGGGUAUGAUCUACACCCAUACACAUGCUGAUCAUUUUGGGGGAGCGGAAGGAGCCGUAUCCCAAAGUGAAGCUACCAAGAUGCCGAUAAUUGCCCCUCAAGGUUUCCUUGAGCACGCCGUUAGCGAAAAUAUCUUUGCUGGUAACGCAAUGGCUCGCAGAGCAGGAUAUAUGUAUGGGUAUGAAUUGACAAAGAGUCCCGAUGGUCAGAUCAGUUGUGGGCUAGGAUCAACCCUCUCCUCCGGAACAGUCACGAUUAUCCCUCCAAACCUCGAUAUCACCCAUACUGGACAAGUGGAAGUAAUUGAUGGAGUGGAACUAUUCUUCCAGAUCACGCCGGGAACCGAGGCGCCCGCUGAGAUGAACAUCUAUGUCCCUCAAUUCCGAACCCUAUGUAUGGCUGAAAAUGCAACACAAUGCCUGCAUAAUAUCGCAACUCCUCGAGGUGCGGCUGUGCGUGAUGCUCUUGCAUGGUCCUCGUACUUGGAUGAGUCGAUUGUCCUAUUUGCGGAGAAGACAGACACCGUCUUCGCAUCACAUCACUGGCCAACAUGGGGUAAUGAAAGGAUACUGAAUUAUCUCACCGAGCAAAGGGAUUUAUAUGCAUAUCUGCAUGAUCAGACUGUGCAGAUGAUGAAUCAGGGUCUCACUGGUGUUGAAAUUGCCGAGAAUUUCUCGCUUCCUCCAAAACUCCAGGCUGCCUGGCAUACACAAGGUUUCUACGGAACAGUUGUUCACAAUGUCAAGGCAAUAUAUCAGCGCUACAUGACUUGGUUCGACGGAAACCCAUCCCAUCUGUGGGAGCACCCUCCCGUCCCAUCUGCCAAACGUUACAUUGCUUGCAUGGGUGGUGCCAAAGAAGUUCUCAGGAAAUCCGAGGGUUAUAUUAAGGAAGGUGACCUGCGUUUUGCUGCAACGCUACUAAAUCACGUUGUUUUUGCGGAUCCAGAAUGCAAAGAAGGAAAAGAAUUAUUGGCUUCAACAUAUGAAAAGCUCGGAUUCGGCGCUGAGAAUGGCCCAUGGCGCAACUUUUACUUGUCUGGUGCCAACGAGUUGCGCGGGCAUAAGAUGUCCAAGAAUCUACUAUCCGACCAGUCGGAAAUGCUGAAGGCUCUAUCUCUCCAUCAGCUUUUUGCGUCCAUUGCAGUGCGGUUGAAUGGCCCUCAGGCUCAGGUGCACAACUUCGCAAUUGAUUUGUUCUUGACCGAUCUUAAUGAAGGAUGUCGUCUCAUCCUCAGCAAUGGCGCUUUGAUUCAUCGGACUGGCUUGAAGCAAAACGAGAAGCAUACUAGAGCGGCUGAUUACUCGUGUUCGAUGACACAUCCUCAGUUGCUCAUUUUCUUAACCACCGGAAAAUGUGGAGAGGUUGAGGCUGAGACAGGAGAUCGUUCUUGUUUGCAGAAGCUCUCGUCUUCCAUCGUGACUUUUGAGGCAGAUUUCAACAUUGUUCUACCAUGA